AUGGCAACAUCACGCUCAAAUUCCCAAGCUCAGCAAGAUGAACAACGCAACAGCAGCGAUUCCAUUCUACUCAGACAGCCUGCCGAAAUCCGCGAGGAGAUCAUCAAAUGUGCUGUUAUCGAGGAAGCGGCUCUGGAUAUAGUCAGUCCGGCUACUAGCUAUGCCAAACGUCCGAGCCAUCAGGUUCUGCAGCCACCGCUAUCCAAGGUCUUCCACCCCUUAUUUAGCCCUCACUUGACGGGCCCACACCAUUGGAUUCGAUUUUGCUUCGUCCCCUACUCAUCCUUUACUGAUAUGACACGUACUCUCACUCGAGCAUUAUACACGCUUUGAUCCGAUAUCUCCCGACCCUUACCUGUUCUUCACUUCGCUCCCAUACGCCCUCACUCAAACGUCGCAUACUCCCUUGACAGUACCUAUAAAAACGGAAAGGAAAAGCGACUUCUCGCCGUAAAAAGCACUAGCUGACCUUCUACCCAAAUUUCCAGGUCUGCCGCCAACUCCGCCGCGAAGCCCUCCCCAUCUUCUACCACGAAAACACCUUCCAGCUCCCCUGCACCCUCAAACCCAAAGUCCGCGCCGCAGUCCAGACCAUCACCCCCCGCGACCACCCGGACUGGCUGCUAACGCACACGGCGGAGACGAAAAUCGCCACCAUCAUGCAGUACAGCCACAACCUGCUGGUGAACCUGGAAACGGCGCGAUGCUGGCUGCGAACCAUUGGUGCGGGAAACCAGCGGCUUCUGAAGAAUGUGGUCCUCUUGCUCCUCGUCGGCGGUGAUGCGGCGGCGGCGAGCGAUGUGGCCGUUCUGCAGGAGUUGUGUGCUCUGAGGUGGGAUUCGCAUUUUUUGAGGCUGGAGGAUGCGUUGGUGGGGUCGAAGUGUCCUCCGCUGAUCGAAGGGUGGGAUUGGGAAGAUAGGGAGGAAGGUUCUGGAUUCGCCAGGCCGCUUCCCGCGGAUGAUGGGAGUUCGGUGUAUCUCAGGAUUUCACUGCAAAUGGCCGGUGUCCCAUAG